UCUCCAUCUCUCGAGCAUGGGUGUCGUCGACGACCCAAGCGAAUCCGGUCUGCUGCUCCUCCGGUUGGGCCGAGCAGGCCAGACCGCCACGCCGGCAAACCGCCGCCGGUUAAGGCGAGACCCUACGACAACAUCACAACCGUCGGUUUUGAGCUCAUCGGCGGUCUCAGGGCCUUCCCUGAGCCUUGGAUUUUCAAACUGUGAAGUUUUGGUGAAGAACGAGGCGGAGGGAGGUGGGAGUGAUGUGGAGGAAGGCGGCAGCGGCGGUUGCCGGAAAAAGCUCCGGCUAACUAGGGAGCAGUCGGCUGUUUUGGAAGAUAGGUUUAACGAGCACAGCACGCUGCUUAAUCCG